CUUUAUCUUCUUCACGAGUGUCAUUCUCGAGGUAUCACGUGGAUAUCAAAAUCAACUUACAAAAGGGGAGGAAAAAGAAAAAGAAAAGAAAAAAAAGUAAAGAAAAGAAACGAUCUCUUUUUCGUAAACCUCCUACGUAUUCUUACCAAUGUCACGUGGGUGCAAAAUCAAUUAAGAGUCAGCAGAAGAAAAAUAGCCAAAAAAAUCCUCUCAACUCUUCUUCGAGAUCUUAAAUAACACAAAAAGCCAUACGUUUAUUUUCGAACGUACGAACGAAAACAAAAAAAUCAUAAGUGAAAUUAAACGUUUAUUUCGAUCGAUUACAAAAGUUUUAAAUAAAGAUCCAAAAAAAGCAUAUAUAUAUACAAAGUGAAAAAAGAAAGAAAUCUGGAUCAAAGAAUGUUAAUGGAAGAAAAAUCUGAGAUAAAAAUCAAACAUCAAUUAGAUAAGUUAUGAUCUUAAAGAAAAGAAGAUAAUAAAAAAAAUAAUAAAUCAUGGAUAAUACACUGUCAUCCAGUUUAGUAGCACCAACAAGUGCAUUUUAUUCAACGAAUUAUGAUAAUAUUCUUCCCCAAUUGAACUGUGGUGAUUCGUGUUAUCAUAAUCAUACUACAAGUAUAUUUAACGAAGAAAAUUCACCUACCGUAAUAAGAAGGGAUUCAUUGUAUAUAGUAAUACCCGUAACCAUAAUCUAUGCAUCUAUAUUCAUAAGUGGUACUAUAGGUAACAUAAGCACGUGUAUAGUUAUUGCACGCAACAAGUCGAUGCACACUGCAACGAAUUAUUAUCUUUUUAGUUUAGCAAUAUCGGACUUGUUGCUUUUAAUAUCCGGUUUACCGGCCGAAAUGUAUUUGGUAUGGUGUAAAUAUUCUUAUAUAUUUGGGGAAGGUUUUUGUGUUAUACGUGGAUUGGCUGCUGAAACUUCAACAAAUGCAUCAGUUUUAACGAUCACUGCAUUUACUGUUGAAAGAUAUGUUGCAAUUUGUCAUCCAUUUUUGUCACAGACAAUGUCAAAAUUAUCACGUGCAGUUAAAUUAAUCCUAGUUAUAUGGUUAGUUGGAUUGUCAUUCGCUUUACCACAGGCAUUACAAUUUGGUGUUGUUAAUCCUAAUCAAGAUAUCGUUAUGUGUACGGUGAAACGAGUUAUAAUAAAACAUUCAUUUGAGAUGUCAACUUUCUUAUUCUUCAUAGUACCAAUGAGUCUUAUUACUGUACUGUACGUUCUUAUUGGUCUUAAAUUAAGAAAAUCUAAUAUGAUGAAGAGAAAACCUGGAAAUGGUGGUGGAGAAUCUCAACGAAGUUGUAGACAUCAUCCUGGCAGAAAUUCGAAGAAAGUUCUAAAAAUGCUCGUUGCGGUAGUCGUCGCAUUCUUCAUCUGUUGGGCGCCAUUUCACGUUCAACGAUUGAUCGCCAUUUAUGGUACCAAUAGCGACGAUCACUUCACGUCCUACAGUAAAUGGGUAGAAUCCCUUAAUCUGUUGAUGACCUAUGUGUCUGGAGUUCUUUAUUAUGUCUCCACUACCAUCAAUCCGAUUCUUUACAACAUCAUGUCGAAUAAAUUUCGUGUGGCUUUUAUGGAAACAUUAUCGAGAAGCUGCAGGAUGUCUGGUCUUCGACAAAAUCAACGUUUUUAUUCGAGUUUAUCUCGUUCACAACAAAGGACAAUUGGUUCGAGAACUGCAGCAACAGCUGGAACAGGUAUGGUACAGGAUAGUACAGAAUGUUCUGGAAAUUCUGCAAGAGAUGAUAGUCCACGUCGUUCAUUUAAAUCAUCAUCUGUUGCUACUACUGCUACUACAUUAGAAAGACCUUCGAAACAAACGACGGGUUUCAACGUAAACGAAAAAACAAAACGUGACACGAGAGAUAUAAAAAUGACCAGAAUCGAAGAAAGAUUUUCAUCAGAAAAUAAAUCAACCGACGAACGAUCUAACAACGAACUUAGGUGGCCUGAAUCAACGAGAUAUACCACUCUCAAGGUCACCGAUAUUGAUGGUCAAGAUAAAAGAUGGCGACGUUUUUUUAAAUGGUUACCCGGAUUAAAACAUCUCAAAUUUCCACGAAGAACCACGACUUAUUCAUUGUCAUCGAACGAUGAUGAUAAUAAUAUGUCGAACGUCAUUAAUACAAAUCGACAAUGCGAAUUUUCAAUGACUUUGUGGAAUAUACGCGAAGGCAACGAGCAUGAUCGCGUUAGAACGUAAAUAAUAAUUAAAUAUACGUUAAGAAAAGAACAGAAAAAAAACAAACACAAAAAAAAGUGCUCAUUCAUUUUAUCCGAGGGAUUCCUGUUUUAUCGAUAGAGCGAAAUCACAAAUUUUCAAUACGUAUCUCAUUAAUAAUAAAUACCUGUAAUUAAUAAUAUCUCGAUAAUAUUCUUCUUGUUUUUUUGUUUUAUUUCUUUUU